GCCUGGGGUAGUUUACUUCCUGUUAGGGGUUUAUCUGUCUUGAAAGAGGAUGCCGGUAAAUUAUUAACAAGACAAUGUGUGAGAAGGCUGGCUCAUCAGAUCCUCUGUCUCAGAGUCCCCAAGACAAGGCAGCUGUGGAUCUGGAUCAUCAGCAUGGAGAGCAUGUGGUUAGUCCUGCCUUAAACAGAAUCUAUAUGGACUACAAUGCCACCACUCCAGUUGAUCCUGAGGUGGUUAGAGUGAUUGCUGAGGCUUUAACCAAAGCUUGGGGAAACCCUAGCAGCAUGUACCUGCCAGGUUUGAAAGCCAAAGACAUCAUUAACCAGUCUCGAGAAAGUCUAGCCAGGAUGGUUGGUGGAAAGGCAACAGACAUCAUCUUUACAUCAGGUGGCACGGAGGCUAAUAACAUGGUGUUCCAUUCAGCAAUAGAACACUACUGGAAGAGCAGCAUGCCAGCUCAGGGUGGACUUCGGGGAAAUUAUCAUCCUGAUGGCAAAAAGAUUCUUCCUCACAUCAUCACAUCCAAUGUGGAGCAUGAUUCUGUCAAACUCAUGGCUGAACAGCUGGUAAAAAUGGGCAAGGCAGACGUCACGUUCCUGCCUGUUUCCAGAGUGACAGGCCGGGUAGAGGUGGAGGACGUCAUGGCAGCGCUGCGUCCCUCUACAUGCCUGGUGUCAGUCAUGCUAGCCAACAACGAAACAGGGGUUAUUAUGCCAAUCAGGGAGAUUUGUCAGAGGGUGAAGGCAGCAAAAAGAUCGCCAUCUUCUCCCAGAAUUCUGCUACACACGGAUGCAGCGCAGGCCAUCGGAAAGAUCCGUGUAGAUGCCCAAGAGCUGAAGGUGGAUUACCUUACAAUAGUUGGACACAAGUUUUAUGCUCCUAGAAUUGGUGCCUUGUUCGUGAACGGUCCUGGAACUGUGACCCCUCUUUACCCUUUGCUCUUUGGUGGAGGACAGGAGCGCAACUUUAGACCAGGGACUGAGAACACAGCAAUGAUUGCCGGUCUGGGGAAGGCUGCAGAAUUGGUGACGGCUAAUCUGGUGAAAGAUGAGUCUCAUCUUCUGGAUGUCAGACUUUACCUGGAGCAGCGGCUGCUGACUGUGUUUGGAAAAGAGAAGCUUCGUUUUAACAGCCAUUUCAAUGGAACGGACACACUGCCCAACACAUGUAAUGUGUCUAUUUUGGGACAAGGACUGUAUGGCCGAAGAGUGCUGUCCACAUGUAGGAGGUUACUGGCCAGUGUGGGUGCUGCCUGUCACUCAGACCAUGGAGAUCAGCCUUCACAUAUUCUGCUGAACUGUGGGAUCCCGUACCAUGUAGCAAUAAAUGCUCUGAGGAUUAGUGUGGGUCGACGGACAUCACGGGAAGAUGUGGACAUCGUGGUAGAAGACCUCCGGGACACAGUGGAGCGACUGGAGAAAAUGAAUUAGAGUCUGUUUUUUCCUAGAUCACCCCUUUUAGUGGUGAUUUGGAACAACAUAAGCUCAUUCUUUGGUUUUAUUAGCUCAAGGUACUGAUUAAAGCAGGGAAAGGGGUCUAUUGUGAAUUAGAUUUAGAGACCUCAUUAGGUAUUGAGAUUCCCCUUUCUUUGGUGUACUGUAAAGAUAUACUGUAAUUAUGGAUUACAUACAGUGAAAUGUAAUGUAUGAUGACAAUUUCUACACCCAAAUGCAGUAAUUAUCUAAAGUGCUGUUGAAGGGUUGUAUGUUUUAAGUUAAUUAUUUAUUAAUUUGGUUAAUAUAUAUUCUUAAUAUAUAUACAGUGGCUUUUAUGAAAGCGUUUCAGCUGUAGUGUGAGCUUGCAUGUUGUUUUAAAGCAGAAAUAUCUGUAGUGCAUUGCACUAAAUGUGUGUGAAAAUUAAUGAAGCUGAAAUAGUAUUCGCAUGUAAUAACAAGGUGAUACUCUUGUUUGGCUUUUGUUAAACCCGAUGUUGAAUUGUGUUCUGUCAUCAUUAAAGAUCACAAGCAUCGACCAAACUGCACCAGUCCCUAAA